AUGCCUCAAGAGAGUUCCCAAAACUCAUUUUUCACAUCUCCUUCAAAGAGAGGAUUGAAGGGUUUGGUGAGCAUGAAGGAGGCUUCAUGCACUGCCACACAGGAAGGUUUCAAUGAUAAUGAAUUGGCUCAAAGGAAGGCAGAGGAAGCAGCUUGGAGAAGGCACAAAGCGACGGAAUGGCUACGCGAAAUGGACUAUGUUGCAUCAUCAUCACUCUCUGCAUCACCCUCCGAAGAAGAAUUCUGCCUCGCUCUUCGCAAUGGCCUCAUCCUCUGCAAUGUCCUCAACAAAGUCAACCCUGGUGCUGUUCUCAAGGUGGUGGAGAAUCCUGGGCUUUCUGUUCAAUGUACAGAGGGUGCGGCCCACUCAGCAAUUCAGUAUUUUGAGAACAUGAGGAAUUUCUUAGAGGCUGUUAAGGAUAUGCAGCUUCUCACAUUUGAAGCAUCUGAUUUGGAGAAGGGAGGUUCAUCCAAUAAAGUUGUAGAUUGCAUUUUAUGUUUGAAGGGAUUUUAUGAAUGGAAGUUAUCCGGUGGGAUUGGUGUGUGGAGGUACGGUGGAGCUGUGAGAAUCACUUCAUUUCCAAAGAAGUCUCCUUCCUCCAUAGUUGGUAGUGAAAGUGUCGAUGAAUCACUGGACGAGUCAGAAUCAUCACAGUAUGAACAAUUAUUAGAAUUUCUUCAACUAUCUGAAGAGUUCUUAAUUGAAGAAACUAGAACUGUCAAUGCUCUAGCUUUCCUUUAUGAUCACUUUGGACUCAGACUUCUUCAGGCUUACCUUAGAGAGACCAAUGGGAUUGAAGAUCUGCCUUUGAAUGCAAUGGUAAUUGAUACCUUACUCAGCAAGGUAGUAAAGAAUUUCUCAUCUUUGCUUGUUUCUCAAAGCACUCAGCUUGGACUUUUCUUGAAGAAAAUAUUAAAAGAUGACAUGGGUUGUCUCUCAAAGAGAGAGUUCAUAGAAGCCAUCUCACUAUAUCUGAAUCAAAGAAGUAGCUUAGCGUCAAAUGACUUCUCCAAAUUCUGCAAUUGUGGUGGAAAACAUGAUAAUAUUCGACAAAAUGCUAAUUAUUAUGCAAAGUAUACUGAAGUAAUCAAUACACAACAAAAACAACUUGAGGAUCAUAUCAAAAGCCUUAAAGUGGCCUCUACUUCCUACCACAAAGUUUUGGAGGAGAAUCGUCUUCUUUACAAUCAAGUACAAGACCUCAAAGGAGCCAUUAGGGUUUAUUGUAGAGUGAGACCAUUCUUACCAAGGCAAUCAAAUGGGCAAUCUACGAUUGAUUACAUUGGAGAAAAUGGAGAUAUGAUGAUCAUAAAUCCCCUUAAGCAUGGAAAAGAUGCUAGACGAGUAUUUUCAUUCAAUAAGGUGUUUAAAACAACUGUAACACAAGAACAAAUUUAUGCUGACACUCAACCCUUGAUUAGAUCCGUUCUAGAUGGUUAUAAUGUGUGCAUCUUUGCAUAUGGACAAACUGGCUCAGGGAAAACAUACACAAUGAGUGGCCCUGAUCUUACAACAGAAGAGACAUGGGGUGUAAACUACAGGGCUUUGGGUGACUUAUUUUAUAUAUCAAAGGAAAGUUAUUUCAUUACCUUAACAAGGUAUACAUUAGACAUACGAAGCAAUUCUCAAAUGAAUGGUAUCAAUGUGCCUGAUGCAUUUUUAGUUCCAGUUACCUGUACUCAAGAUGUUCUAGACUUGAUGAGAAUUGGUAAAAAAAAUCGUGUCGUUGGUGCUACAACUUUAAAUGAGAGAAGCAGUCGAUCUCAUAGUGUUUUGACGGUUCAUGUUAGAGGAAGGGAGUUAGUUUCCAACUCCAUUCUUAGAGGUUGUCUGCAUCUUGUGGAUUUGGCUGGAAGUGAGAGGGUUGACAAAUCUGAGGCAGUUGGUGAGAGACUAAAGGAAGCUCAACAUAUAAAUAGAUCACUUUCUGCACUUGGUGAUGUUAUCUCUGCCUUGGCACAAAAGAGUCCACAUAUCCCCUACAGAAAUAGCAAGCUUACACAAGUAUUACAAGAUUCUUUAGGAGGACAUGCAAAAACUUUGAUGUUUGUUCAUAUAAAUCCUGAACUCAAUGCUUUUGGAGAGACAAUUAGCACACUCAAAUUUGCUGAGAGGGUUUCAUCCAUUGAACUUGGGGCUGCUCAAUCUAACAAAGAAACUGGUGAAAUCCGAGAACUAAAGGAAGAGAUAUCAAAUCUCAAAUUGGCAUUGAAGAGGAAGGAAGCAGAACUGGAUCAGUGGAAGGCUGGGAGUGCUAGAAGCACCACCACUGAUUCUCAAAAACCAAGAACUGUCUCACCUUUUCAAAUACUUAAAUAUGGUACUGGUAUCAACACAAAGCAUGAAACUAGUCAAAGACUCAUGGAGGAUAGAAGCUUUGAGUCUAGAAGUUGCUCUUCAGGUAAGCAAAGAAGGUCAAGGUUUCCCUCUACCUCUAUGGACAAGGACUCUAUGCCAAAAAUGUCUUUUCUGGGUGAAGAAAAGUUAAUGAGCUCAGGGAAAGGAAGAUCACCAUCUCCUCCGGUGAGAAGAUCACAAUCCAAUGAUAGAGGGACAAUCAUUAAAAGCAAGGUCAAAACUGAAACAAUAGACAACCAACCAAUAUUAAAACAUCCAUUUCCAGCGGCUAACAAAUCCCUUGUAACAAUGUCAGUGGUUGCAUGCACUGACAAUAACACAAGAAUGUAUGCGAAUUCACAAGAGAUAGUAAAGCAUGAAAACAUUUCGGAAACAAUCUUCAACCUCCAAAAGCUCAACUAUAAGAAAGUUCAUCAAGAACAUGAAGAGGAACAAUUCAAGCAAGUACUUAGCGCAGUAAGACAAGGUGGUAUUAGAAAAAACAAGGUUGAGAGUAAGGCUAAGGCCAAGCAUAAUCAACUAUCAUCUUUUACGAUUCAAAAGCCUGAUACGACCUCCCCAUUUAUUCCUGACAUGGAAUUUGCUGGUGAAACUAAUGUGGAGCUAACUCCAAAGAAUAAUUCCUCCGAGAUCGAAAAUGAUCUUCGAUUGAUGAAGUCUACUAUCUAUGAUGCUUUAAGUCUCAAAAAGAUAAGUCAGAACUUUGUGAGGGAUUUUCAGAGCUUUGAAUCAAGAGGAGAACCUUUAUUGGUUAGCAAAGUUGAAACCGAAGUUUUGAAUGGUUCAGGUAAUCAUCUUAAAGAAGGAAGCAAUGCAUCAACGCCUGAACUUAGAAGAAGCCGAUCUACCCCACGUGGAAAGUUUUUUGUUGGCUAUAUCGCUGAGGAAGUGUAA